GACAUCCCAUCUGCAGCUGGAGUCAGUCACCGGCUCUGAGCAAAAUGUACUCGUCAAGAGGAGCUCGGGAAAAGAUGUUAAAGGUUGCUUGAGCCGGACAAGGUGUGGCCUGGUCCCAACAACGCAUUUCCCCCUCGCACAUCAAGUCCUACCUGAACGAAGAGAGCAGUUCUGGCAGUUCAUGGAAAAGAUGUUUGACCUUCACGGGGGAAGCAAGGCUGCGGAGAGCGCAAUCGAGACUGUUGCUCCCAAAGUCGAACAAGCACGAGUCGCCGCCGAAGAAGAGCAUCAACUCUCGGUCUGGAGUGCUCUCACCACCAACAAGACUGUUGUUUUCUGGUGUAUCUUCUUCGCCUUCAGUGCUGUUGGAUGGUAUGCCUGCCCUUUGCAACAAUCGAAACCUGUACCCUAAUGGAGUCUUGAAGGGGUUUCGAUGCUCAGGUCAAUGGUGCCAUGAUCUCAGUGCCACAAUUUCGUCUGACCUUCGGAUACAUUUACGAGGGUCAACCCGUACUUCCUGCAAGCUGGCAAAGCGGCUUCAACAGUAUUUCCAGUGUCGGUCAGUUCUUUGGCGGGUUUGCUUGCUCCUGGAUGUCCGAUCGCAUUGGUCGCAAGAAUUCUCUCCUCAUAGGCCUGGUAUUUGUCACGGGAGGCAUCUUCGGCGAGGUCUUCUCAAGCACCCGACCAGCAUUCCUUAUCGGCAAAUUGAUUCUAGGUAUUGGUCUCGGCUACUACCUGACCAUUGGUCCUUUGUACUGUUCCGAGGUAGCCCCCGUGGUCCUCCGUGGUAUGAUUACAGGGGGUAUCAACUUCGCCAUCGUCAUCGGCCAGCUUCUGUCAAACGCUGUCAUCAAAGGCUUCGGUGGUAGAGAUGAUCGGUGGGCAUUCCGUGGUCCUUUUGCGGUACAGUUCCUAUUUGUCGCGAUUCUGCUCAUGGGAAUUUGGUUCGCUCCGGAAUCACCAUGGCAUUAUGUCCGUCGAGGUCGCAUUGAUGAUGCCAGACGUUCGCUUGAGCGCCUCCAUGGCAAGGGUACUGACGUGGGACCAAAGCUCGCCAUGAUUGUUCGGACCGUCGAGGAAGAUCUUGAACUUUCCAAGUCGGCGAGAUGGAUUCAGUGCUUCCAGGGUACCAACAUGAUCCGCACAUUAAUCUCCGUUGGUGCAUUUGCGUGUCAACACCUCUCCGGUAUCGUCUUUGUCCUCGGCUUUUCGACGUACUUUUUCGAACUGGCCGGUAUCGAAACUAGCCACGCCUUCGACCUGGGUGUGGGCGUGACCGCUUGCGGUGUCGUUGGUGUCAUAAUCUCGUGGACGGCAAUCAACACUCUAGGCCGCAGGAAGCUCUUCGUCUGGGGCAUGAUUGGUAUGACGGUCGUUCUGGUGCUCAUGGGUAUCCUCGACGUCGUCCACACUUCAGCCGCUCGCUGGGUUCAAGCAUCUUGCACCGUCGUCUACGCCCUCAUUUACCAGAUCACCAUUGGCUGCAUUGCGUUUGCACUGCUUGGGGAGGUGUCGACUCCGUCUCUUCGUGCGAAGACAGUCGGUCUGGCUACGGCUUGUCAGGCUGUCUUUGGGACUGUUAUGAACAUUGUCGUUCCUUACUUGGUCAAUCCAGAUAAGGCGAACCUCAAGGGCAAGGUUGGCUUCGUUUUUGGCGGUGCCUGUCUUCUGGGUACGAUCUGGAGUUACUUCUACAUUCCAGAGCUGAAAGGUCGCACUUUCCAGGAGAUUGACUAUCUCUUCCAUCAUCGGGUGCCGCCCAGAAAAAUGGGCAAGUACAACCUGGACGAGGUUGAUGAUGCCCUGUAAAGGACAGGGCCAUAUCUACCCGAACUGAAAAAGAGCAAAAUGCAUUCGUUAUGUCCUACAAUACCAGAAUUGUGGUCUCAAUCCACGGUUUGCGUUGACUGGAACGACAAAAGUGGGAGCAGUUUAUAUUGGCCGCGAGGGCCAUGACAUGGCGUUUUACAAACAUGUCUUCAACCACUCCCACAGUCCUGAGUGAGUUUUUCUAUAUCGUGCAAUCACAUCGACAACUGCCCUUUCCAUCUUCUGUAUGAAUCAGAUGCCCUCGAGUUCAGGGACCAACCUGGUGCGAAGCCACUGAUCCAAACCAAUUCACACAUCCUCUUUCUCCUCGAACGCGAUGUCCACCUUCUCACCCACGCCAUCCUGGCGAUGAUCAUGGACCAUUCGCGCCGCGAGCGCGGAAUCGCGUAUCUCCGGCUUUGCAAAGAUGAGGUCGAUUUCUUCGAGUGUUUUCCCUGUAGUCUAUCAUCCGGACCAAGUCAGCAUCCACUCUCAACCGAAACAACUUCUCAGGGGCUUAGACGAGCAUACCUCCGGACACAUGUAAUAUACGAACGGCACGGCGACCGCACAAGACAAAAGCAUCCAUAUCCAAAUCUUCCAGCCAACGUUUUGCAGUGCAAUACCACCCGCAAAGACCGUGAUGAAGCUGAAUAGCCACUCGCCGAAGGCACCGGCCGCACCGCCGAGAUGGCGAAGUUUGAGGGGCGCGAUCUGCGGGACAGAUUAGCACCUGGUACUGUGGGUUGCGUGUUGGAAAAGGUACUUACUUCAGGGCCAUAGAGCCAAGGGACACCGAUCCAGCCAUAUCUGUCCAUCGUCAGUCGAUCGUCCUGGCGGCAGGAGUCGCAAAGCACCAAGCUUGGGCAAGAGACACAGCUUGUUUAAAAGGGCAAGACCUACCCGAAGACGAAGUUGUAUACGAUGACCACAGCCACAGCGACCCACUGCGUAGCGAGCGUCGGGUUCGGAAGGCCGAUCAUGAUGACGAAAAUCAGCAUGCAUAUGGUCAACACCACAGCCGACCAAAUCAUGACACCGCGGCGGCCAAAACGUUCGAUUGUGGACGGAAGGAAAUACGUCCCUGCUGCAAAACCGGUGUUCAUUACUGCGGCCAGGAGUUGCGAGAGGAAAGGUGAAAGACCGACUUGCGAGAAUAUCACGGUCGAAUAGUAGACGGAGAGAUUGAUACCUGGCGUGGUUCGUUAAUAGGACUCACCUCGAGUCAUGAGCGACUGGCCGCACUUACCCAUCAUCUGUUGUAUCGACAAGACCAAGAAGGAGAUUCUGAUCCUGCGUCCUGCUCUGAGAUCACUUUUGUCCCAGAGCAAAUCGAGAGGGUUGAAUUUGUGCUCAUCUUCCUCCUCUAACCGGAUUGAAGCCAGGAUCUCUUGUCUCAUGGCUUGCACACGUGAGUCUUCGCGAGGUCGAUCAUGCAGUCUCAUGACGACCUCAUCGCCCUCGUCCUCCCGUCCUCUGGCAUACAACCAGCGAGGCGUAUCUGGAAGGAACCACAUCCCAACGAUAGAAACUGAUGCAAAGGCUGCCUGAAAUGCAAUGGGAAACCUCCAUGACACCUGGUUCGACAUUCUUGUAAAGCCAAAGUCAAUCCAAUAAGCAAGUGCCACGCCUGAGAUCAGCCAGACGCAUUGGAUAGCGACUUCAGGACCUCGCUCUUUAGAGUCUAUACUCAUCUCAGCCAUAUACGUCGGCACCGAGCAGCUCACGAAACCUAUUCCGAACCCACACAACACACGAGCAACUAUGAUUUGUGGGACGGACCAGGCGGACGCUUGCAGAAUCGCACCGACGAUUACAAAGGCAUCACCCAUCAGGAUGCACCCUCGUCGACCGAGAGGCAUACCGAGCAUCGUGACCGCGAGAGAGCACACGGCAGCGGCAAGAGUGUAUGAGGAGGCAAUCAUGGGAAUGACAUAGGUGCCGGUUGGGUGAUUCAUUGCGUCGAGAAAAGGCUUUGUGGUCUGCACUCCUCCUAGCACGCCGGCGUCAUAACCGUACAUGCAGAAUGACUGUAAGUAGAACUGUUAGUGACUGAGAAUCAAAUGAUAAGGAG